AUUUUCAACACUACAAUGUUCAAUCUGCAACCGACGUCUUGUCUUUAGUCUUUCAGAGACAUCGGUGGCAUCGUAUGCCAAGUGGUUUUGCUCGCUAAAGUUAUUUAACGUGUUUCUGAAGUGUACACAGUUUCUAAAUUAUUGUGAUCCGCGAGAGGGGAAAUAUCUUAAGAAAUUGCUUAAGCAGAGGAAGCUGCAAUGCAGGGCCGAAAGCACAAAUUUUGCACAAAACUUUACAGUACUUAUCUGCGGAAAUGGUGGAUUACGAUAGCUAUUGCAAUAUGCUUCCUUAUUCUUGGAAUUUUGGUCACUUGUGAAUUCACUGCGUUAGUAAAUUUAAUUAUUAACUACCAAGUUGCACUUCGACCAGGCAGUCAAACUUUUGGUUGGUGGGCUAAACCUCCAGUGGAACCUAAAAUUCAAGUUUAUGUGUAUAAUGUCACAAAUGCAAACGAAUUUUUGAACAAUGCAUCUAAGCCAAUUCUGGAUGAAGUGGGUCCAUAUGUUUACACAGAGUCGUGGGAAAAGGUCAACAUUGUGGAAAACGAAAAUGGUACAUUAAGUUAUAACUUGAGAAAGAUUUACACAUUCCGUGAGGAAUUAUCAGUAGGAAUGGAAGACGAUGUGGUAAUCGUUCCCAAUAUUCCAAUGCUGAGUGCAACAUCUCAAAGUAAACACGCUGCACGAUUUUUGCGACUAGCAAUGGCCAGCAUAAUGGAUAUUUUAAAAAUAAAACCUUUUGUGCAAGUCUCGGUUGGACAAUUAUUAUGGGGUUACGAGGACCCGCUUCUCAAAUUAGCUAAAGAUGUUGUACCAAAAGAGCAAAAGCUACCAUAUGAAGAAUUUGGUUUAAUGUAUGGCAAAAAUGGAACAUCUGCGGAUCGCGUAACAAUAUUCACUGGAGUAGAUGACAUUACACAGUACGGAAUAAUCGAUAAAUACAACGGAAGAUCAUUUUUGCCUCACUGGUUAAGUGAUGACUGCAACAGAUUAAACGGCACAGAUGGGUCGAUAUUCCCGCCACAUAUUGACACAAAUCGGGUUCUGUACAUAUAUGACAAAGAUCUGUGCAGACUUUUGCCGCUUGUCUAUGAAAAGGAAGUUGAAGCCAAAAAGAAUGUAAUUGGCUAUAGGUUCACGCCACCACAAAAUGUAUUUUCUGACGUUGAAAGUAACCCGGAAAAUAUGUGUUUCUGCCCAGCAGGCCCACCUUCUUGUUCACCAAAUGGAUUGUUCAAUGUCUCACUUUGCCAAUACGAUUCCCCAAUUAUGCUAAGUUUUCCUCACUUUUAUUUGGGAGAUGAAAGUUUACUAACUGCAGUGGAAGGCAUUACUCCACCCGAGAAGGAAAAACAUGGAUUUUUUAUAGAUGUUCAUCCUACUUUGGGAACUACUUUGAGGGCCCGUGCUCGAGUUCAGAUCAACUUGGCUGUGAGUCAAGUUUUCGAUAUAAAACAAGUGGCUAAUUUCCCAGACAUCGUGUUUCCCAUAUUGUGGUUUGAGGAAGGUAUAGAGGGGCUACCGGAUGAAAUAACCGAUUUAAUGAGCUUCGCUGAGACUGUGCCGCCGAAAAUACGUUUGGGCUUCAUAAUUGCCCUAUUUGUUUUGGGUGCUUCACUUCUCUUGCUUUCUCUAUUUUGUUUAAUAAGAAGUUCGCAUAGACAAAGUACGCUGCAUUUAGAAGGUUCCAAUUAUUUAGCAACGGCACAAUUCGAUUUAACGAAAAAGAAGGCCAAGGAACCUAAACAUUGAAAAUACUCUAAUCUUGAUAUGUAUAUUUACAAUAUUUAGUAGAAAGUUAGAUAAGGAGGCGGGACAUGUACUAUACCUGAAUUAUUGCAAUUAAGAAAAUAUACAAUACAUACAUACAUACAUGCAUAUGUACAUUGUAUAUGCUUAAGAUGCAAACAUUUGCGUAUAAUUUACUUACCUAUAUAAUUAAAGACAGGAAUAGGGACAAUAUUUUUAAAUACAAUUUUGAGUUACGAUCCGUUUUACUAUAGAGUAUUGUGAUGAUAUACGUACAUACAUAUACCCUUUCUUUUUAGGUCUGCAUACACAUGUACGCUUGUCGUACUACACAUUUUCCAACACUACCUAUACUAUGCAAUAUAUUAUAUAAUAUUUCAUACAAACGUUGUAAAUAAAUAAUUAUUCUUUUAAUUGUCCGAAACCAUGGGAAGGAAGCCCAAAAAUGCAACAUGUAAAUUUGAAAUUUUUUUAUCAAUCCUAAUUAAGUCUACUGUACUCCAGGGUAUUAGAAUAGAUAAGUGUGUGCUUAAAUUGUGACUGUAAAAAAAAAAUAAAAUAUUCAAGACUGAAUUAUUAAAGUGAAGGAAAGGGUCGCCUCUUUUUUCUCUCUGCACUCGUUUUAUUUUGUAUGUAUGUCAAAGCAUAUGCAUACAUACAACUGUACAUAUAUUUUUGUACACUGUCUUAGCAAUGCUUUAUAGUGAAAUGAUCAAUAUCUAUAUAAAUAAGUGUUUUUGUUUUAAUUUUUGUAACUUUGUAAAUAAAUUUAGUUGAAUUCGAAUAUAUAUUUAACAAAUAUGUAAAAUAUGCUGUAUCCUGAAAAUAUUGCUUCAAUAAUGGACCUUGAACGCCGCAGGUACACAUACAUGAUGCAAAAGCACAUUAAUAUUCCACCAUAGUCUCAAGAGUAAAUGAGGUAACGGUUUCCACUUAAAUACGUAGUGAGAAAAUCGAAGUUAAGGGAAAAGUCAACAAUUCACAAGAUAGAACGCGUCAACGGUUGCCACUUAAUUAAACUUAAGUGAAAAAGUUGAAGUUAAUGGGAAAGUCAACAAUUUUUUUGCUGACGGUGUGUUUUCUUCGAUACAAAAAAAUUUCUAGUAUUCGCUGCGUACAGAAAAUGCACAAUAGCGCCAACAAAAAAGAAAUCCCAAAAAUCAACGCGAUUUUGAGUUGCUUGAAACUUGCACUUUAUUAUACCAAAAUUCAUUUGGUUAUAAAACUGCAUACCCGAAAAUUUUCUUGGGUUUAUAUCAUUUUUGUAGGAGAAUGAACUAUAUAAAUAAAAAGAAAUAAAUUGUUAAAACUUGUCAAUAAAUCUAGUGCUACAGUUGUUUAAUGCAGUGUAUUUUACUGGACUUAUUUGGAGUAGAUUAAAAAAAAUAACCAUUAAAAGAGUAAAGAGAGUGUAUUUGUGUGUAUGUGUACCUACUUUUAUGCAAAAAAAAUUCAUUUUAUAUAGUACCUGUUUAAAGUGUUUUUGAAAUAUGCACAGUAGUAACUGUACUUAAAUAUCUGCAUAUAAUUAUAAAAUCCGUAUAUCUCAGUAGGAAUGAAGAAAUCUUCAUUCUGAAAAGUAUCAAGCAAGAAAAUAAAAUUUCAAUGUAGACUACUUUCAAGAAUGCAUAAAUGCUACUCUCAAAAGCUAUGCGUAUGUGUACUCACAAACAGGAAUAUGCAUGUAUUUACAUAUGUAUGUAUACUAAAUAAGCUCUUUAUUAUUGGUACAUUUGUAUGAUUUACUAUAAGGAAUUGAGGAUAUCUUAAUGUAUAAUAUAUCUGUUUAUAAUAGCAACUCCUUUAAUUUUUAAUGGUUGUUGUUUUACAAGACAUGGAUAUGUAUGCGUAUUAGCGUGCCUAUUGCACAUGGUACCAUUUCUCUGCAAAUGUAUGCACAUAUGCAUCUAUGUCUGAAUUUUUUUUUUAAUAGAGCAAGUAAACAGUUUCUAGUGAAUUUAUAAUGUGGGAUUAUGUUUUAUGUACAUACAUAUUUAACUAGAAUAAAUGUUGUUUAAUUUAUUCAA